AUGGCCCCGGCGCACCAGUGGGCCCAGUCCGGCGGCGAGAUCUUCCUGAGCGUCAAGUUCGCCCACAAGUGGGACGCGCCGGCGACCCUGAUGCUUUUCCGGAACGCGCGCGCGCGGAACACUCACGUUGAAGCGACGUUGAAUCACCCUUUUGCUGCCCAGGUCGUCGUCAAGGCGUCCAAGGCCGAGAAGCGCUUCGUGCUCGAGGUGCCGCUGCUGCGCGAGAUCGACCCCGCGGCGUCGUCCUACGUGACGGCGUCCGUGGGCCGCAUGACCAUCACGCUGAAGAAGGCGUCGUCGCAGCGCGAGUGGUGGCCGCGGCUCAACAAGGACAAGGCGAAGCCGCCGAACCAGGGCGUCUGGUGGGACAAGCAGGAG